CACAGAGCUCAGUAAGAGUGUUAGUUAGACAGCUAGACAGUUCGCUUGCUAACGUCGCUAGCUAACUUUGGGUAGUUGGAUAAACAAACCACUCUUAUUUCACAACAUUAUUAAUCACAUAGACUGUGGAUGAUUAAUGAUGUGUUGUACUACUUGGUUGUUGUACUAAUCGCUAAACAUGGCUAAUUCACUGGCAGAUGGCACAGAUUAAUGAAUGGUCUCUAAAAAUACGGAAGGAAAUAAGAGUGAUUGACAGACAAAUCCGAGAUAUUCAGAGGGAGGAGGAGAAAGUGAAGAGAUCAAUCAAAGAUGCAGCUAAAAAGGGACAAAAGGACGUGUGCAUCAUUCUUGCCAAAGAGAUGAUUCAGUCAAAGAAGGCAGUCAGCAAACUUUAUGCCUCCAAAGCCCAAAUGAACUCUGUGCUUCUUAGUAUGAAGAAUCAAUUGUCUGUGUUAAGAAUGGCUGGUGCGUUGCAGAAGAGCACUGAGGUCAUGAAGGCCAUGCAGAGCCUGGUAAAAAUCCCAGAGAUCCAGGCUACCAUGAGGGAACUCUCGAAGGAGAUGAUGAAGGCGGGUAUUAUAGAAGAGAUGAUGGAGGACACACUUGAGGGCAUGGAGGAUGAGGAAGAAAUGGAGGAAGCAGCAGAGGCUGAGGUUGAUAGGAUCCUCUAUGAGAUCACAGCUGGCGCUCUUGGAAAAGCUCCCAGCAAAGUCACAGACGCUCUUCCUGAGCCAGAGCCAGUCGGGGCUACCGCCGCCUCAGAAGAUGAAGAGGAAGACAUUGAGGAAAUGCAGUCCAGACUAGCGGCACUGAGGAGCUAAACCGUUAUAACUGCUCCUUCUAAACCUCUGUAGUCAUAGACAAAAUUCUCCUCUCAUUUACAAUGAAUUUAUUCUUCUAAUGUCUUGUUUCUUCUGUAUGUUCUUAUAAGGACUGAAUUGGUAUCAGCAGGCUGUAUAAUAGUUUUGCACAGACAACAAGACCAGGAAAAGUGCUAUUACAGCAAAAACUCUUUGCCUGUAUAAUUAAACAGCACUUACAAGGGGUUAAAUGAACAGUAAUUAGAAGCAUUAUAGAGCAGUUUGUUAUGGCUCCUAGGUAAUUUCAUUCAGUUCAUUUUCAAAAAGUUAUUUAAACAAAAUGUCAAUAAUUUCUGCUUUAAACAGUGAUUUAAGUUAGUCCAUGCUGUGUAUGCCUGUAGCUGUGUGACAUGACGAAGAAUCUGUUGUACAGUGCAGUCAUAAUGUUGGUCUCUCUCCUUCUGUCUUUAUCUUCACUGUAGUUUCUCUAGCCUUAUUUGGUGUCUAAGCGAAUGCUUCUUCUCUGUGUAACUUUUCAGUGGAAAUGUGGUUUUACUGAAUUUGAGAAACUUCUAACAGCCAUUGUAUGUAAGUUUUGUAUAAAUAUAUAUAUAUUGAGUGUGUUUAUCUUAAUUUUAUAUUAAGUAAAGCCCUCCUAGUUAUGUAACUGGUUCUGUGAUCUGGCUGCUUGCCCGGGCUGAUGAAAACCAUGCUUAGCUGUGACUUGUUAUGGUAACUGUGUGGCUUUUACACAGAGCCACUGCAUCACAGCCAACAUUGUGAAAGUGGAAAACAACUGCUAAUGGCUUACAAAUUCAGAUCCACCUUUCCAAAUUUGCACUCAGUUACAUUAUUGUUAUUAAGAGCACUCCAAAAGUCUGAGACGUUUUCAAAAUGUUCUAAACUAGUUUAGUUUCACAGGAAAACUGCUGUACAUCCAAAACACUUAUUAAGUGAAUUAGAAUAGUAAACACUAUCAGUAACUAUAUCCUUUUCCUUUUUUAUGUUGUUUUAAAUUAUUCCGGCCAAAGGUUCAUAAACGAAAGUUUAAUGUUUGGAGAAAAAGCACCUCCUAUAAGACAUACUCCAAAAUUCACUCUUAAUGAGAUUUAGUUUUGGCUAGGCCCUGGUUCUGUAAAUUAAUGUGUGACCUGAGCCACUGUUUACAUAAAUCAUCUCUAACACUUUACUGUACGUGCGUUUUAAAUCACAAGCCACGGUUAUUUCAAUGCACUAUCACUAAAAUGUUUUUGUGAUGUGACCUUGUGUAGCAGAGAUUGUUAGUUCUUCCUUUAAGAGACAGCGUCAGAGACACGGGAUUUUUUCCGCACGUGCUUUACUGUGUGACCCUGUAAGGCUCUCUUAUAAAUCUCUGUAUAAAAACUGUCAUAUUGUCAGCUUAUAGCAUGAGACUGCUAUCUCUUACAGCUGUAUAUUUGUGUUUGAGUAUACUGGCGUUAAAAGUUUUCUUUCCAUGUGGACUAAAAUGAGGUUAUGUCUCCCAUUCAUGAAGAUACAUAUCUGAAAACACAUUUUAUUAUAGCUGGCUGCAUAUAAUUUUACAAAUUCAGUCUCAUUCACUAAUUAGUUAUGCUUCAUGAUGAGUUCCUGAAGUUAUUACAAAAUCCUCAUAGCUUCAUUUCAGUCUUAUAAAAAAUGUAAAUACCUACAGAAUGCACAUGAAGAAAUGUGUUUUGUAAACACAGGGCUGUUUAAGAAUAAACUUUUAUGAACAAA